GAUGGAGCGCUAUGCUAAUAUCGGCAGGACAGGAGAAGCACCGCUCCGCUGCCUGCUGUCAGUGGUGGCUUUCGGAGUCUAGGCAGGCUCUUCUACAGCCAUGGCCGAAGGUGGUGAAGGGGAAGAUGAGGUUCAGUUCUUACGAACUGAAGAUGAGGUGGUGCUGCAGUGUGUCGCCGCCAUUCAGAAGGAGAAUCGCAAAUUCUGCCUUUCAGCAGAGGGACUCGGCAACCGCCUGUGUUAUCUAGAGCCCACAUCAGAGGCGAAGUAUUUUCCUCCUGACCUAUGCAUCUGUAACUUUGUGCUGGAGCAGUCGCUCUCAGUGCGGGCUCUACAGGAGAUGCUCGCCGGGCAGAACGGUGAAGGAAAUCCUGAUCAUGAGCAAUGGGCAGCACAAGGAGGUGGACAUCGGACACUGCUCUACGGUCACGCUAUCCUCCUUAGGCAUUCCUUCAGUGGAAUGUAUCUGACAUGUCUGAAAACUUCCAGAUCUCUAACAGACAAACUGUCUUUUGAUGUUGGCCUAGAAGAGGAUUCAAUUGGGGAAGCUUGUUGGUGGACAAUUCACCCAGCAUCCAAGCAGAGGUCAGAGGGUGAGAAAGUGCGCAUUGGUGAUGACCUCAUCUUGGUCAGCGUGUCCUCUGAGAGGUUCCUGCACCUCUCCAUGUCCAAUGGAAGUAUUCAAGUGGAUGCUUCUUUCAUGCAAACAUUGUGGAAUGUUCAGCCUACCUGCUCCAGAAGCAACGUGGCAGUGGGAUUUCUUCUGGGUGGGCAAGUGAUGCGCUUGUUCCAUGGGCACGACGAGAGUCUCACUAUACCAGGAUCCGAACAAAGUGAAGAGCAACAGAGAGUGGUGAACUAUGAGACUGGUAAAGGAGGGUCCAAAGCCAGGUCUUUAUGGAGAUUGGAGCCUCUUCGGAUAAGCUGGAGUGGGAGCCAUAUCAGAUGGGGUCAGCCCUUCCGCCUGCGCCAUCUCUCCACCGGUCACUACCUGGGCCAGACAGAGGAUAAUGGCCUGAUACUGCUGGACAGAGAGAAGUCUGACACCACUGCAACUGCCUUCUGUUUCCGGGCAAGCAAGGAAAAGAUUGACUCCGGCCCAAAGCGUGAUAUUGAUGGUAUGGGGGUUGCAGAAAUCAAAUAUGGCGAUUCGGUCUGCUUCAUCAUGCACGUGUCCACGGGCCUGUGGCUGUCCUACCAAGCACCUGACGCAAAAUCUUCUCGCCUGGGACCACUGAAGAGAAGGGCUGUCCUGUCUCUUGAGGGCCAUAUGGAUGACGGGCUGACUCUGCAGCUCUGCCAGCAUGAGGAGUCCAGGGCAGCUCGCAUCAUUCGUAAUACCACCCACCUCUUCACACAGUUCAUCAGGGGUCUGGAUGGUUUGAAUGGAGAAAAGGAUACGGAGGUGUCUCUGCCAGUCUGUGAAGUGCUACAGACCCUCAACGACCUUAUCGUAUACUUCCAACAGCCAGACUCUGAGCUGGAACAUGAGGAGAAACAGAGGCAGCUUCGAUCUCUCAUCAAGCGCCAAGAUCUCUUCAAAGAGGAGGGAAUGCUAACCCUGGUCUCACACUGCAUUGAUCGGCUAAACGUGUACAACAGUGCCGCUGAGUUUGAGGAGCUAGCUGGUGAAGAGGCCGGAGAGGCGUGGAAGGACAUUCUCAACCUCCUCUAUGAGCUUCUGGCCGCUCUGAUUCGAGGCAACAGGACCAACUGCACACAGUUCUCUCGCAAGCUGGACUGGCUAGUCAGCAAGCUAGAGCGAUUGGAGUCCUCAUCAGGCAUUUUAGAGGUGCUUCAUUGUAUCCUCAUUGAGAGUCCAGAAUCUCUGAACAUCAUCCAGAAGGCCCACAUCAAAUCCAUUAUUUCUCUGCUGUACAAGCAUGGGCGCAACCACAAGAUUCUAGAUGUUCUCUGUUCCCUGUGUGUCUGCAAUGGUGUGGCUGUGAGAGCCAAUCAGAAUUUCAUCUGUGAUCACCUGCUUCCCAAGAGAGAUCUGCUGCUCCAGACACGUCUGGUCAAUGAUGUCCAAAGUAUGAGACCCAACAUCUUCCUGGGCAUGAGCGAGGGCUCGGCGCAGUAUAAGAAAUGGUACUUUGAGCUGAUCAUCGAUCAAGUAGACCACUAUGUGACCAGUGAACCCACCCACCUUCGUGUUGGCUGGGCCACCACCAAAGGCUACGCCCCUUAUCCUGGGGGUGGAGAGGGUUGGGGAGGAAAUGGUGUGGGUGACGAUCUUUACUCCUACGGUUUUGAUGGGCUUCAUCUGUGGUCAGGGCGAAUCCCACGGGCCGUGGCCUCUAUUAACCAGCACUUGCUGAAUUCAGAUGAUGUGGUGAGCUGCUGUCUGGAUCUCGGAGCCCCUAGCAUGUCUUUCCGAAUUAACGGUCAGCCCGUUCAAGGCAUGUUUGAAGACUUCAACGUAGAUGGCUUCUUCUUUCCCGUCGUCAGUUUCUCUGCAGGGGUCAAGGUCCGUUUCUUGUUGGGUGGUCGCCAUGGAGACUUUAAGUUCCUGCCUCCAGCAGGUUACGCACCAUGUUAUGAAGCCCUGCUCCCCAAAGAAAAGAUGCGUGUGGAGCCUGUGAAGGAGUAUAAAAGAGACGUGGAGGGAGUGAGAGAUCUGCUGGGCACCACAGAGUUCCUGUCCCAGGCUUCCUUCAUUCCUGUUCCUGUCGACACCAGCCAGAUUGUCCUGCCUCCAUAUCUUGAAAAUGUGCGGGACAAGUUAGCUGAAAACAUCCAUGAGCUCUGGGGCAUGAACAAAAUAGAGCUUGGCUGGAUAUAUGGCAAGGUUCGAGAUGACAACAAGAGACAGCACCCUUGUCUUGUCGACUUUUCUAAACUGCCAGAAACAGAAAAGAAUUAUAACCUGCAAAUGUCAACUGAAACUUUGAAGACCCUACUUGCUUUGGGCUGCCAUGUUGCACAAGUCAAUGUAAAUGCUGAGGAAGACCUGAAAAAGAUGAAACUCCCAAAGAACUACAUGAUGGCAAAUGGUUAUAAACCUACACCACUAGAACUUUCUGAUGUGAAACUGACACCUGGUCAAGAGGUUCUAGUUGAUAAACUGGCUGAAAACGCUCAUAAUGUUUGGGCCAAAGAUCGUAUCAAACAAGGAUGGACCUAUGGUAUUCAGCAGGAUUUGAAAAACCGUCGUAAUCCACGGUUGGUGCCAUAUGCUUUAUUAGAUGAACGCACUAAGAAAUCGAACAGAGACAGUCUUCGAGAGGCCAUCCGUACUUUGGUUGGAUAUGGAUAUUUCAUAGACCCACCUGAUCAAGAGACUGCUCACGAUGGAGAAAAGGAGGGCAUUGAAUCCAUCCGUCUCUUCCGUGUGGAGAAGACCUACGCUGUGAAGACAGGGAAGUGGUAUUUUGAGUUUGAGGCACUCACUGGAGGCGACAUGCGGGUUGGCUGGGCACGGCCUGGGUGUAGACCUGAUAUGGAGCUAGGACUAGAUGACCAAUCCUUCGUCUUUGAUGGCUACAGGGGCCGCCGGGUGCAUAUGGGCAGUCAUUUUUUUGGGAGGACGUGGAAUAAAGGAGAUGUGGUGGGCUGUAUGAUCAACAUGGAGGAUAAAUCCAUGAUAUUCACCCUGAAUGGAGAGAUCUUAAUCACCAACAAGGGCUCUGAGCUCUGCUUUGCUGACUUUGAAACCGAAGAUGGGUUCAUUCCAGUGUGCAGCCUGGGACUUUCCCAAAUUGGUCGCAUGAACUUGGGCAAAGACGCUAGUACUUUUAAGUACUACACUAUGUGUGGCCUUCAGGAGGGCUUUGAACCCUUUGCUGUCAACAUGAAUCGAGAGGUCACCAUGUGGUUCAGCAAACGCCUGCCUACAUUUGUUAUUGUGCCAGAAGACCACCCCCAUAUUGAGGUUACUAGAAUAGAUGGGACUGUGGACACACCUCCAUGUCUAAAGGUUACACACAAGACAUUUGGUACCCAGACCAGCAAUGACGACAUGGUCUGUUGUCGUCUGAGCAUGCCUGUUGAGUUCCACUCUGGCCCUCGGAAGAUCACCGAUAUCAAUGAGGUGAUCGCUGAGGGCCAAAGAGCCAAGAAGGACGAUGUAGGCAAGGUUGAUUAUGGCAGCAUUACAAAGUACUUCUACUCUGUGAGAGUGUUUGCCGGACAAGAUCCAUCAUCAGUUUGGGUGGGCUGGGUAACACCAGACUACCAUUACUACAGCAAAUAUUUCAGCCUCAACACAGUUCGCACCGUCACAGUAACACUGGGAGAUGAGCGGGGACGUGUUCAUGAGAGUGUGAGGAGAAGUAACUGUUACAUGGUCUGUGCUGGCGACAUUGUCAGCAACUCCACAGGCCGUAGUAACACUGAUCUGGAGAUUGGCUGCUCCAUAGAUCUUGCCUCUGGCCUGGUCUCAUUUACUGCCAAUGGCAGAGAGCUGCCUACCGCAUACCAGGUUGAGCCUAACACUAAGCUCUUUCCUGCUGUGUUUGUUCAACCCACGAGUCCCAACCUCUUCCAAUUUGAGUUUCCAAAAAUCCCAGAUGCAAUGCCCCUGUCUUCAGCCAUCUUUAAGAGUUUACAAAGAAACCCAGAGCCCCAGUGUCCUCCUCGGCUGGAUGUCCAGACAAUUGUGUCCGUGCUGUGGAGCAGAAUGCCCAACACCUUCCUGUCGGUGGAGACGGCCCGCGUGAGUGAGAGGCAUGGCUGGGUGGUGCAAUGUCUGGAGCCCUUGCAGAUGAUGGCCGUGCAUAUCCCAGAAGAGAACAGGUGUAUCGACAUCAUGGAGCUGUCGGAAAAUGAAGAUCUACGGCAGUUCCACUAUCACACUUUAAAGCUUUUUUGUGCCCUUUGCGCCCUGGGCAACACUCGCGUGGCUCACGCCCUCUGUAGCCAUCUCGACCAAUCGCAGCUCCUUUACACCAUUGAUAACCAAUACCUGAGUGGUCAGCUACGUGAAGGCUUCUACGACGUCCUCAUCAGCAUUCACCUGGAGACAGCCAAAGAGGCCCAUCUAAUGAUGAAUAACGAGUUUAUAAUCCCAGUGACGGACGAGACCAGGAGCAUCCGCCUCUUCCCUGACGACUCAAAGCGUCAUUGUCUUCCUGGAGUGGGCCUGAGCACCUCACUUACUACUCGCCUCAACUUCACCCCUCCGUGUUUUAUUACCACCAAGCGCAUUCAGCCUCUCUUCAGCCCUCAGAUCCCUCUGGGUAUCCUGAAGGAGAAAGCCAUCAGUAUGCUGACGGAAGCUGUGCAGGGCGGAGGCGCCCACAUUCGAGAUCCUGUGGGCGGAAGCGUGGAGUAUCAGUUUGUGCCGAUUCUCAAGUUGAUUGGCACACUGCUGAUAAUGGGGGCGAUGACCAGCGAGGAGGUUAGAACCAUUCUGCUCCUCAUCGACCCCAGUGUGUUUGGGGAGAGUAAGGAAGAGGAGGAACAGACAGCAGUUGCGGAACAAGGAGCUGAGAAAGAGGAGGCCACCAGUAAUGAAGAGAAGGCUGUGGAGGCGGGGGAGGAGGAGAGUAAAGACUCCAAGCAGCUUCCCAAAGGUCUUCUGGAGAAGAGCUUGCCUGAAUCUGUCAAACGCCAGAUGUGUGAGCUCCUGCACUAUUUCUGUGACUGUGAGUUGAAGCAGCGCAUUGAGGCUAUCGUGGCCUUCUCAGAUGAUUUUGUGUCCAAGCUGCAGUACAAUCAGAAGUUUCGCUACAACGAGUUGAUGCUAGCCCUCAACAUGUCAGCUGCUGUCACUGCCAAGAAGACUAGAGAGUUCCGCUCACCUCCCCAAGAGCAGAUAAACAUGCUGUUGAACUUCAGUGCUGGUGAUGAUUGCACCUGCCCUGAGGAGCUUCAAGAGGAACUUCAAGGCUUCCAUGAUGACCUUCGACUACAUUGUGGCAUCCCUAUGGAAGAGGAGGAGGAGGAGCAGGACACAUCUCUCAAAGGCCGCCUGAUGUCCCUGGUAUACAAGAUUAAAGGUCGUCCUCAAAAAACUGAGGAACAACCAACUGAGCAAGAGCAGGCUGCUCCUACCAACCUGAAGGAGCUGAUAUCUCAGACUAUGGUCAGCUGGGCUCAGGAAUGCAAAAUCCAAGACCCAGAAUUGGUUCGCAGUAUGUUCAGUCUUUUGAGGAGACAAUAUGAUGGCAUCGGAGAGCUGCUCAGGGCUUUGAGGAAGAGCUACACCAUCAGUGCCAAGUCUGUAGGGGAUGCGAUCAACCUGCUGGCCUCACUGGGCCAGAUCCGUUCACUACUCAGUGUCCGCAUGGGGGAAGAGGAGGGCCAGCUUAUGAUUGAUGGCCUGGGGGACAUCAUGAACAACAAAGUGUUUUACCAGCAUCCAAAUCUGAUGCGUGUUCUUGGCAUGCAUGAGACAGUAAUGGAGGUCAUGGUCAAUGUGCUGGGUGGAGACAAGAAUAAGGAGAUUGCUUUCCCCAAGAUGGUGGCCAGCUGUUGUCGCUUUCUGUGCUACUUCUGUCGCAUCAGCCGUCAGAACCAGAAGUCUAUGUUUGACCACCUGAGCUACCUCCUGGAGAACAGCAGCGUGGGGCUGGCAUGCCCAGCCAUGAGAGGCUCCACACCUUUAGAUGUAGCUGCCUCCUCUGUGAUGGACAACAACAGUUUGGCUCUGGCACUUGAGGAACCUGAUCUUGAGAAGGUGGUUACAUAUCUGGCAGGCUGUGGGUUGCAGAACUGCCCAAUGCUCAUUGCCAGGGGAUACCCAGACAUUGGCUGGAACCCAAUAGAAGGAGAACGCUAUUUGUCCUUCCUACGGUUUGCUGUUUUUGUUAAUGGUGAAAGUGUUGAAGAGAACGCUAAUGUCGUUGUGAAGCUUUUGAUCAGGCGUCCGGAGUGCUUUGGACCUGCUCUUAGAGGAGAAGGAGGUCAAGGUUUACUCGCUGCCAUGAAGGAAGCCAUCAAGAUCUCAGAAGAUCCUACUUUAGACCUGCCCAACUUACCUGAAGGGGUUGCACCAACGGUUGGGGAGUCUGAAGAGGAGGAGGAGGUCGCCCACAUGGGCAACUCUAUUAUGUCCUUCUACUCAGCCCUUAUUGAUCUUCUGGGCCGCUGUGCACCUGAGAUGCAUCUUAUAAACAAAGGCAAAGGUGAAGCGUUGCGUAUUCGUGCCAUCCUCCGUUCCCUAGUACCCACUAAAGAUUUGGUUGGGAUUAUCAGUAUUCCACUCAAAAUGCCGGUCGUCAAUAAAGAUGGCACUGUGACGGAGCCAGAUAUGAAUGCCAGCUUCUGUCCAGAGCACAAGGCACCCAUGGUGCUUUUCCUGGACCGUGUCUAUGGUAUUGAUGACCAAAGCUUCUUGUUGCACCUGCUGGAGGUGGGCUUCCUGCCAGACCUGCGAGCAUCAGCCUCCCUGGACUCGGAGGUGCUCAGGACCACUGAGACAGCCCUGGCCAUGAACCGGUACAUUGGAUCCGCAGUGCUUCCUCUGUUGACCCGCUGUGCUCAUCUGUUCACUCACACGGAGCACCAUGCAACGCUCGUUGACUCUACACUUCACACCAUCUAUCGCCUCUCAAAGGGCCGAUCACUCACCAAGGCCCAGAGAGAUGCUAUUGAUGAAUGUCUACUGGCCAUCUGCAUGCAUCUGCGGCCAUCAAUGCUACAGCAACUUUUGCGUCGUCUUGUGUUUGAUGUCCCACAGCUUACAGAGUACUGCAAGAUGCCCAUUAAGCUUUUGACGAAUCACUAUGAGCAGAAUUGGAAGUACUACUGUCUGCCAACGGGCCUGGGCAGUUAUGGAAUGGCAUCAGAGGAGGAACUCCACCUCACCAAGAAACUCUUCUGGGGAUUUUUUGAUGCUCUUUCUCAAAAGAAAUAUGAUGCAGAGCUUUUCAAAAUGGCCAUGCCGUGUCUGAGUGCCAUAUCCGGUGCAAUACCACCUGACUAUGUGGACUCCAGCCCUGGUUCCACAUUAGUUAAGCAGGCCUCUGUGGAUGCGCAAGGCAACUUCGACCCCCAGCCUAUUAACACUGCUAACAUCUCGCUGCCUGAGAAACUAGAUUACAUUGCAAGCAAGUUUGCUGAGCAUUCUCAUGAGAAAUGGUCCUCUGAGAAGAUCGCUCUUGGCUGGUCUGCUGGAGAUAAAUUAGAUGACAAAGCUAAAACUCAUCCGCUUCUGAAACCAUACAAAGCACUGAGUGAAAAGGAAAGGGAGACUUAUCGCUACCCCGUGAAAGAGACUCUAAAGAGCAUGUUGGCAAUGGGAUGGAACAUUGAGAGGACCAGAGAAGGAGAGGCCAUGUUCCAGCAAAGGGAAACAGAAAAACAGCGCAAGAUAUCAGAGUCCUCACAGGGUGAGUUUAAUCCAGCCCCACAAGAUUUGGAAAAUGUCAUUCUGUCAAGAGAAAUACAGGCAAUGGUUGAAACAGUUGCAGAAAAUUACCACAAUAUUUGGGCAAAGAAGAAGAAAAAGGAACUUGACAGUAAAGGAGGAGGAGGUCAUCCAUUGUUGGUACCGUAUGACACGUUGACAGCGAAGGAGAAGUACAGAGACAAAGAGAAAGCCCAGGAGCUCUUUAAAUUCCUGCAGGUCAAUGGAUAUGCCAUAAGCAGAGGUCUGAAGGACAUGGAGCAAGAUUCCUCUUCUAUGGAAAAAAGGAUUGCCUAUAAGUUCCUCAAGAGGCUCUUGAGUUAUGUAGAUUCUGCACAGGAGUUCAUCGCCCAUCUUGAGGCUAUGGCUACCAGUGGGAAGACAGACAAAUCUCCCCAUGAUCAAGAGAUCAAGUUUUUUGCUAAGGUUCUGCUACCCCUCAUAGACCAGUAUUUCAAGAACCACUGCUUGUACUUCCUGUCAUCCCCCAACAUCAACCUUAGCAGCAGUGGCUACGCAUCCAACAAAGAGAAGGAGAUGAUCACCAGUCUUUUCUGUAAGCUGGCAGCCCUUGUCAGACAUAGGAUUUCACUCUUUGGAAGUGACUCAUCCACCAUGGUGAGCUGCUUACACAUCCUGUCACGCUCACUGGACUUCAGGACUGUGAUGAAGUCUGGCUCGGAGCUGGUAAAGGCUGGUGUCAGGACGUUAUUUGAGAAUGCAGCGGAAGAUCUGGAGAAGACUCUGGAGAACUUGAAGCUAGGGAAGUUGGGUCAGUCACGCACUCAGAUGAAGGGCGUUACCCAGAUCAUCAGCUACACCUCAGUGGCCCUGCUGCCCAUCCUGACGGUUCUCUUUCAGCACAUCACCCAACACCAGUUUGGAGCAGAGCUGCUAUUGGAUGACAUUCAGCUGUCCUGUUACCGCAUCCUGACCAGUCUGUACUCUUUGGGCACUGGCAAGAACAUCUAUGUGGAAAAACAGCUUCCAGCGCUUGGUGAAUGUUUAUCUACUCUGGUUGGAGCCAUGCCUGUUGCUUUCCUGGAACCCCACCUAAAUAUGUACAAUCCCCAAUCUGUCUUUAACACCAAGACACCAAGAGAACGAGCUAUUUUGAGCAUGCCAGACACCGUGGAUGAGAUGUGUCCUGAGAUGCCUCAUCUGGAUGGCCUAAUGAAGGACAUUGGUGACAUUUCUGAAUCUGGAGCACGCUAUACAGAGAUGCCACAGGUCAUCGAGGUCAUCCUGCCCAUGUUGUGUAACUACCUGUCUUACUGGUGGGCAAAAGGUCCAGACAACUCCCCAGCUGGUGCCAAUUGCUGCACAACUGUCACAUCUGAGCAUCUCAGCCUCAUCCUGGGCAAUAUCCUCAAGAUUCUCAAUAACAACCUUGGCAUUGAUAAUGCCCCCUGGAUGAAAAGACUUGCAGUAUACACCCAACCAAUCAUUAGCAAGGCUAGCGCAGAUCUCCUGAGAGCGCACUUCCUGCCUACGCUGGAGAAACUGAAGAAGAAGACAGUGAAGAUAGUGGGUGAGGAGGAGCUGCUGAGGGCUGAAAGCAGGGCAGACACUCAGGAAGCUGAACUGCAGAUUCUGGAUGAGUUUGCUGUUCUCUGCAGGGAUCUGUAUGCCUUCUAUCCAAUGCUCAUUCGUUAUGUGGACAACAACAGAUCUAAAUGGCUGAAGGAACCAAAUUCAGAUUCAAAUGAACUUUUCAAAAUGGUGUCAGAGAUUUUCAUCCUUUGGUGUAAAUCUCAUAACUUUAAAAGGGAAGAGCAAAAUUUUGUGGUGCAAAAUGAAAUUAACAACCUGGCAUUCCUUACUGGAGACAGCAAGACGAAGAUGUCAAAGUCUGGAGGUCAGGACCAAGAGAGAAGAGGAAAAAAAAGAAGAGGAGAGUUGUACUCCAUCCAGACUUCCCUUAUUGUAGCAGCUCACAAGAAGAUGCUGCCCAUUGGCCUGAACAUGUGCACUCCUGGAGACCAGGAGCUCAUUUCCCUCGCCAAGAUCCGUUAUAGUCUGAAAGACACAGAUGAUGAGGUUAAGGAUUACCUGAGAAAGAACCUCCAUCUUCACGAGAAGUCUGCAGAUCCAGCGGUGCAGUGGCAGCUGAACCUCUAUAAAGAUGUUGUGGUGAAGAGUGAGGGACCUCCAGACCCAGAGCAAAAUGUGGAGAGAGUUCAGGGCAUCUCCGCUGCUGUCUACCACCUUGAACAGGUUGAGCAGCCACUUAGGAACAAGAAGAUGGUGUUUCAGAAGCUGCUGUCAAAGCAAAGAAAGCGUGCCGUGGUGGCCUGUUUCCGCAUGGCACCACUCUACAACUUACCAAGGCAUCGCUCAAUUAACCUCUUCCUCAGUGGCUAUCAGAGACUUUGGAUAGAGACAGAGGAGUACUCCUUUGAGGAGAAGCUAGUGCAGGACCUGGCAAAAAGUCAUAUGACUGUGGUAGAAGAAGAAGAGGAAGAGCAAGCUGAAGUUCAGCCAGACCCUCUUCAUCAGCUCAUCCUUCACUUCAGUCACAAUGCUCUGACGGAGAGAAGUUUCCUAGAAGAGGAUCCUCUCUAUAUUGCAUAUGCUGACAUGAUGGCAAAAAGCUGUGCCGAGAAUGAAGAAGAAGAGGAAGAGGAGGGAAAAGAAAAAACUUUUGAGGAAAAAGAAAUGGAGAAGCAGAAGAUUCUGUACCAGCAGGCCAGACUUCAUGCCCGUGGGGCUGCUGAAAUGGUGCUACAGAUGAUCAGUGCCAGUAAAGGCCGACUUGGUCCUAUGGUGACUGACACCCUAAAACUGGGUAUUUCUAUCCUAAAUGGAGGCAAUGUUCUCGUCCAGCAGAAAAUGCUGGAUUAUUUGAAGGAGAAGCGAGAUGCCGGCUUCUUUAAAAGUUUAUCUGGAUUAAUGAUGUCUUGCAGUGUGCUGGAUUUGAAUGCAUUUGAAAGGCAAAAUAAGGCAGAGAGUCUUGGAAUGGUGACUGAAGAGGGGUCAAUCAACAUGAGAGAGCGGGGUUCCAAAGUACUUCAAAAUGAUGAGUUUACAAAGGAUCUAUUCAGGUUUUUGCAACUUCUGUGCGAGGGCCACAAUAAUGAUUUCCAAAACUUCUUGCGGACACAGACUGGAAACACUACUACAGUCAACAUCAUCAUUAGCACUGUGGACUACCUAUUACGUCUACAAGAAUCCAUAAGUGAUUUCUACUGGUAUUACUCUGGGAAAGAUGUCAUGGAUGAGGCUGGGCAGCUUAACUUCUCCAAAGCUUUGGCAGUAGCCAAACAAAUCUUUAACUCACUCACUGAGUACAUUCAGGGCCCUUGUAUCGGGAAUCAGCAGAGUUUGGCACACAGUAGGUUGUGGGAUGCAGUGGUCGGAUUUCUGCAUGUUUUCGCCAACAUGCAAAUGAAACUGUCACAGGAUUCUAGUCAAAUCGAGUUAUUGAAGGAACUGAUGGAUUUGCAGAAGGAUAUGGUGGUCAUGAUGUUAUCUCUUCUAGAGGGUAAUGUGGUGAAUGGAACUAUCGGGAAGCAGAUGGUCGACACUUUAGUGGAGUCCUCCAGCAAUGUGGAAAUGAUCCUCAAGUUCUUUGACAUGUUCCUUAAACUAAAGGACCUCACUACAUCUGAUAACUUCAGGGAGUAUGACCCCGAUUGCAAAGGCGUAAUAUCCAAGAAGGAGUUCCAUAAGUCUAUGGAGAGCCAGAAGCAAUACACACAGUCUGAGAUCGAGUAUCUUCUCUCCUGUGUCGAGGCAGAUGAAAAUGAUGUUUUCAACUAUGAGGAGUUUGUGGAACGCUUUCAUGAACCAGCCAAAGACAUCGGCUUCAACGUGGCCGUGCUUCUCACUAACCUAUCAGAACAUAUGCCUCACGACUCGCGCCUGUCCACCUUCUUAGACCUGGCCGAAAGCGUGCUCAAUUACUUUGAGCCAUACCUGGGCCGUAUUGAGAUCAUGGGCGGUGCCAAAAGGAUUGAGAGAGUUUACUUUGAGAUCAGCGAGUCUAGCAGAACCCAGUGGGAGAAGCCUCAAGUCAAAGAGUCCAAACGGCAGUUCAUCUUCGAUGUGGUAAACGAAGGCGGUGAGAGUGAGAAGAUGGAGUUAUUUGUAAACUUCUGUGAGGACACCAUCUUUGAGAUGCAGUUGGCCUCUCAAAUCUCCGAGCCAGAUGCCGCAGAACGACCUGAGGAGGAUGAAGAUGAAGACUUGCACAGUCUGCUUGAAGGCUUGUCUGAGGAGGAAGAGGCAUCUCUUGAAUCCGCCUCAGCCUUCACGGCAGCUUGUGUCUCCGUGAAGAAGAGCAUGACUAAUUUCCGUCAAAUGCUGACGUUUAAGAGUAUGAAGAAGCAGUUUAAGAAAUUCAAAAAGCUGACCAUCAGAGAAAUGAUCACAGGGUUCUUCUCUUUCUUCUGGAUGCUCUUCACCGGGUUUUUCAAAGGCAUUUUCGGCAUCAUCUUCGGGUUCUUUCAUAUUAUUUGGUCCUCCAUGUUUGGAGGGGGUCUUGUAGAGGGAGCUAAAAACAUGAAAGUGACAGAUAUUUUGGGUAAUAUGCCUGAUCCAACACAGUUUGGUAUCCAUGGCGAUGUACUGGAAGCAGAAAAAACUGAGAGCAGUGAGCUGGUGGUGUCGGCAGAUAUGGUGCAGAUGACCGGUGCUGGUGCGGAGAAGCUGGAGGCGGACAUGAUCAUGGAUCUACUUAACCCUGCUGUAAAGAAAGAAGGCAAGCAUGGAGCAGAACCUGGUCUGGGCGAUGUCUGUGAAGUCUUGACUGAGACUAGCGCUCCUGCCGAGAAGAAGAAAAGCCAGAAAGUAGCAGCAGAGAAGCCAGAAUCUGAGCCAGAGAAAGCUGACACUGAGAAUCAGGAGAAAGAAGACAAGGCUAAAGAGGAAACGCCUGAGGAACCAGCAGCAGCAAAACCAGCUCCAAAAGCCAAACGUGGCUCAUCAAAAGAAGCAGCUCCAGCAUUCAUGGCCAGCUUCUUUGCAGGGCUUGAAAUCUACAAAACCAAAUUCCUGAACUACCUGGCUCGUAAUUUCUACAACCUUCGUUUUUUGGCUCUGUUUGUGGCCUUCGCCAUCAACUUCAUCCUGCUCUUCUACAAGGUGACUGGAGAUUUCGAUGAUGAGGAAGAGGAGGAGGGAUCCUGGGGUGGAGAAGAGGAGGAGGGUGAUGAAGAUGAUGAAGGAUAUGAAUACUUCAUUCUUCAGGAGAACACUGGCUACAUGGCUCCCACGUUGACUUUCUUGGCUAUACUACACACGGUCAUCUCCUUGCUCUGUGUUUUUGGAUAUUACUGCCUUAAGGUUCCUUUAGUCGUGUUCAAGCGGGAGAAGGAGGUCGCUAGGAAGCUUGAGUUUGAUGGUUUGUAUAUUACCGAGCAGCCGUCUGAUGAUGACAUCAAAGGACAGUGGGAUCGUUUGGUCAUUGCAACUCCGUCCUUCCCUAACAAUUACUGGGACAAAUUUGUUAAGAGGAAGGUCAUCAAUAAAUACGGUGACUUGUACGGGGCAGAGCGCAUAGCUGAACUCCUGGGUCUGGAUAAGAGUGCUCUGGACUUUGAUCCCACUGAAGAGGCCGUGGUGAAGGAAGCCUCCCUGCUGUCCUGGUUGAGCUCAAUUGAUACCAAGUACCACAUCUGGAAAAUGGGGGUUGUGAUGACCGACAACUCUUUCCUCUACCUGAUCUGGUACACCACCAUGUCGAUCCUGGGACAUUACAAUAACUUCUUCUUUGCUGCUCAUUUGCUGGACAUUGCCAUGGGCUUCAAGACCUUGAGGACCAUCCUCUCUUCUGUGACUCACAAUGGCAAACAGCUGGUGCUGACCGUGGGCCUGCUGGCUGUUGUGGUCUACCUAUACACUGUAGUGGCUUUUAACUUCUUCCGCAAGUUCUACAACAAGAGCGAGGAUGAGGAUGCGCCUGACAUGAAGUGUGAUGAUAUGAUGACUUGCUACCUGUUCCACAUGUACGUGGGUGUGAGAGCUGGCGGCGGCAUCGGUGAUGAAAUCGAGGACCCGGCUGGCGACCCUUACGAGCUCUACCGCAUCUUGUUUGACAUCACCUUCUUCUUCUUUGUCAUCGUCAUUCUGCUGGCCAUCAUUCAGGGUUUGAUCAUUGAUGCCUUCGGUGAGUUGAGAGACCAGCAGGAGCAGGUGAAAGAGGACAUGGAGACAAAAUGCUUCAUCUGUGGAAUCGGGAAUGACUACUUUGAUAGAACCCCGCAUGGCUUUGAGACCCAUACCUUACAAGAGCACAAUCUGGCCAACUAUUUAUUCUUCCUGAUGUAUCUUAUCAACAAAGAUGAGACUGAACACACUGGUCAGGAGUCGUAUGUUUGGAAGAUGUAUCAGGAGAGGUGCUGGGAUUUCUUCCCUGCUGGGGACUGUUUCCGGAAGCAAUACGAGGACCUGCUGGGCUAGAGGACAUACUGUUGCCCUCAGUCCAAAUAUGAGAGAAAUCACAUGCUCCAACCUACAUGAGCUCCCAAUAAAAAUGGAUUUUAGGAUCUUAUGUAGGUUGGACAACAUCCUAAACUAGCUCUUAUCAAAUGCUGCUCACUGAUUCAUCCAAUCAAAAAACAAAACCUCAGCUGUUUCUACACCAGAAAUGACAGCAACAUACCGAGAAAUCAUUGUGAUCAAGCCAAAAAUGUGAACUGAAAUACAACAUUGA